UCGCGUGUGCGAGCGAUUGCACGUCAAGCCUGUCGGAGAGGAGCGGCGCCUUGAAAACAAGCCGCGUUAGAAAAUUGCGUUCAGUAGCGAGGCGCGCUUCGCGCCGGUUGGACGAGUUGACGUUUCGACUGUCUUGAACGUGCGGGAACGAAAACAUACGUUUGUUUCUCGACGCGACAAGGUAAUGCACACGCAUAUUUCUCUCUUCUCCGCGGAAGAGUAAAACGACGAGAAUUGAUUGAUCACGGACCGGGUGUAUAUACAAACAGCCGCGGGUUCAACAUGUCCAUGAAGAAAGAAUCGCCUUGGGACGUGGAACUGCACUUGGCGGCGGCACGCGGGGACGCCAAACGUCUGCGUAUUUUAUUGGACUCCGGACGCGUCCACGUCGAUUGCAAAGACAAGGACGGCACGACGCCUUUGAUAUUGGCCGCAGCUGGUGGUCACCUCGACGCUGUGACCGAGCUGUUGCAUCAGGGAGCGGAUCCUAAUGCCAAGAGACUGACCGGGACAACGGCGUUGUUUUUUGCCGCUCAGGGCGGAUACAUGGACAUCGCGAGUCUGCUUCUGGAGCACGGCGCGAUUGUGGACUCGUGCAGCAUAGACGGCGGCACGCCGCUCUUCGUCGCAUGCCAGUACGGUCAUCUGGACGUUGUGGAGGGUUUGAUAGAGAGAGGCGCAAGCCCGAACGCUCACAUGAAAGACGGCGCUACGGCGUUGUUUAUCGCCGCCCAAAACGGUCACCUUCGCAUUCUGGAGGUUCUGCUGGAGCACGGGGCGAAGACGGACGCGGCAAGAACGGACGGCGCCACGCCGCUGUGGAUUGCGUCGCAAAUGGGCCACGAUCACAUUGUCAGGAGGCUUCUGAAAGCCGGUGCGAAGGUCGAUGCCACCAGACACGACGGCGCGACUCCGCUUUUCAAAGCCGCCCACAAAGGUCACACCGCUGUCAUCGGCGAGCUGCUCAAAUAUCGUCCUUCGCUCGGCGUGCUUCCGAACGGCGAAAGUGCACUGCACGCGGCAGCCUUGACGGGACACAUGACAGUAGCGAGGCAACUUGUGGGAGCGGGAGCUGAUCCUUUGCUCGUAAAUCAGGAGGGCAUCACGCCGCUUCAGCUGGCUGUCAGACACUCGCAGACUCAGGUUGCCAAUUAUCUGAAGGAUAAAGUGAGAGUGCGAACCGCGUCCUGUUAGCGAUAUAAAAUCUGUUCCACACAUUUUACCAUUAGCAUAUCGAGAAUCUCGAGAUCAACGAGUCCAGCUCAAAUAUCGCGGCAUUUCUAAGCGAACGUGUACGAAGCUGCGCGGGAAAAAUUAGUCUAGUCUCAUUAUCAGUGUCGAGAGAAGAAAGAGAGAAAACGAGAGCUCUCUCUUGUUAUUUAGAGAAAUAUUAUCUUGCGAUGUUAUGUUUGAGAGAAGUUAUUUUGUUGUUUUUUUUUUUAUAAAGAAUAAUAUAUAAAUAUGGCGAGUGUGUAUAUAAUAUUAAUAUUUAUCCUCUUGUUACACUUGUAAAAUCUUCUUCUAUUGGCACUGAAAAUAAGACUGGAUUACUUUUCUUCUCGCAUUCUGUUUUAUAUUACGUGAACGGUAUUGACAAUUAUGCUAAAAACGACAGUGAAAGGAUAUUAAAUAAUUUCGCACAGUAAUAUACGGGAGGACACAAGUGAGUUGACGACCACAAGUGAGUUGUAAAUCUUAUGAACAGAAAUCCGUCUUUACAUGAGUAGUUAGGUCUGUUUGUUUUAAUUGUUUUUUUCUUUUUUUUUAAAUAAUCAUAUGUACGUUUAUUUUAAAUAUAGAA